CACAGAGUUGGCAGAAGCGAAAGAGAGAUUUGAAGCCUGCCAUGUCGGUGUUGAAUGUAGUCCCCUUCAUGAAGCCGAUAUACACGCGCUCACCGCGGCAGCAGAGACGCCACACGCUGCCAGCCAGUGAGUUCCGCUGUCUUUCACCUGAGGACGCAGUCAGCGUUUUUGAGAUUGAGAGGGAAGCUUUCAUCUCUGUGUCCGGUGAGUGUCCACUCCAUUUGGAUGAAGUCAGACACUUCCUGACCCUCUGUCCAGAGCUAUCUCUUGGCUGGUUUGAGGAGGGACGGCUUGUAGCAUUCAUCAUUGGAUCACUGUGGGAUCAGGACAGACUUGGCCAGGACGCCCUCACGCUCCACAAGCCCCAUGGUUCCUCUGUGCACAUCCAUGUCCUGGCUGUUCACCGCACUUUUCGCCAGCAGGGCAAGGGCUCAAUCUUGCUUUGGCGUUACCUCCAGUAUCUACGAUGCCUGCCCUAUGCCCGUCGUGCCGUUCUCAUGUGUGAAGAUUUCUUGGUUCCUUUCUACUCUAAGUGUGGCUUCAAGGCUGUGGGCCCCUGUGACAUCACCAUCGGACCCAUGGCCUUCAUUGAGAUGCAGUACCCUGUUAGAGGUCACGCCUUCAUGCGCAGGAACAGCGGUUGCUAG